GUUUGUCGUAUUUUACCGGAAUGAAUAUAAUCACAUCUGAAUCAGUGUUAAACUGUCUGUCGAACAUAUCACACGCGUUAACAAGAGUGAAUUCGUUUCAAGAAUGAUUAGGUACAGAUACUUUUAUAUUGUUCUUGCUUUGCCAUUGUUAGUGAAACUGUCCAGUGCACAGAGUAAGAAGUUUGUCUGUAGCUACUCCCCGUCUAAAGCUGAUUCGAUCAACUACCAGCCCGAUAACAUUCCGUUGCAAGUUUGUCCGUAUGUGAUCGUCAAAGCGUUCAGCUUCCCAAACGUCGUUGGUCGGCAGUUGUUGUUCAGUGACAACGAAAAGAUAGCGUUUAGCCGUGUAGUCUCCAGUGUACGAAAGCGUUCGAAAACAGCUCGCGUCGUAGCGUCCAUCGAUGGAUCCGCCCGAGACUUUACCAUAACGUCGAACGCGAUCGUACGUAGGCAAGCAUUCGUACAAGCAGCUGUAGCGAUGCUACUUGAGCUGGAUGCAGAUGGGAUUGAGUUGAACUGGAAAGCAUCUAGAAACAGUGGAAACGAUCGUAUCACAAUGGUGCAACUCCUGCAAGAUCUUCGUCAAGCGGUGAAGGCAGUAAAUAAAAGCAUCAGCCGUAAUCGAGAGCUGUGGUUCCGGGGAUCGCUGCAUCCGAAGGUGUUGGAAGUAGCGUAUAAUAUGUUCGAUGUGUGUCAGCUGGUCGAUCAUGUUACGCUAGAUCCCAGCACGGCUGAAUCGCUGGAAAAUGCGCAUGCACCGUUGUAUGGGACACCAAUUGUACUCCCAUUUAGUUUACCUUUGUUAGGAAACAUAAUCGAUCUAGCGAAUGGUUUCAACACUACCACUCAGCGCUGGAUUGACGAGGGAUGCGCUCCUAAGAAGCUGCUCCUUGGAAUUGGUUUGCAUGGCAUCGGGAGAGUUUACUCACCGGGCCUAGCGCCAUUUGUCGGCAACAAAGUGCAUUUGUUGAACCCUGAAGGUACAUAUCUGGAGCAGCGUGAGCUCUGUAAAAAGAUAAGAGAAGAUGAUUGGAACUAUGCCUGGGAUGAGUAUGGUGCCAUGCCAUACGUGACUAAAGCGCUGCAGAACGGACUAGUGGAACGGAUUAGCUAUGAAGACUUGGACUCGCUGCGACUCAAGAUGAAUAUGGUGGAGCAGAAGCGGUUCGGUGGCAUUUACAUCGAUUACGUGCACUCGGACGAUAUCUACGGACGUUGUGGACAACCAUACCUUUUAAUUGCUUAUUUAUCAAGUCGGGUACGUUCGAUACCAUCUGAUAUAGGGUUUGCUAUCGAGUGGAACGAGUAGUGUGGCAGAAUCUGAUAUGUAAAGCUUACUCUAACAAUGUUUGCCUGCUUAAGCUUAUGAGUUUUCUUUUUGGCGAAAUGUAUCCAAAUUUGUAUCUUAUCUUAUGAAAUCUUAUAUUAGCUUGAUUUCUAAACCUUUUUGAAUCUCCUUGUUAACACUAUUAAAGACACAAACUCUGUGGUGUGUGGUGAGUGAUCAUCAAGCGACACAUUUCCUAUGGCGUCACAAUCACAAGAAGGAAAAAAUAUCUCUUCUUCUGAUUACGAUCAGUAUAGGAACGACAUAAAAGUUCUCUAGCCUACAUGAAUGAAUGAGCAUGAAUUCGAUCCGAUGCGUGCGACUUUGGCUCGAGAGAAGCUUUUAGAUAGAUGAAGUGUAGUAACAGAGUGAUCGAUUAAAGUGCGUUGCGAGUCUCUCUUUGAGUAAUACAGCGUACACGUCGCUGUAGAAUAAGCUCUCUCUGUCGUCUCUGAUGUUGUCAGUAUGAUGUCACAGUCCUAUGUGUUUAACACUUCUGGAUUACGUCGAACUGUCGAACAGCAUCAAAACCAGUUUCACUGCGACACACCGCUGAGAAGGGUGGUUGCGUAUCGUUCUACACGCGAAACCAAAUAAACAAAUCAAACGCGGAAUGAAGUUCUGUACAGGUGGGUGUGUGUUUGAGCAAAUGUAUAUUGUAAUUUGUUUGCGAGGGUAAAUCAGAGUCACUGUGAGAUGUAUAAAGUUUAGAAUCGAUUGAAUAUACACUGUAAUUAUGUGGAAGAAACUGUGAAAACAUUAAUGCUCGUAGUGCUGUGAGUGUAUUAGAAUGAAGUACAUCCUUCUAUGUUUAAAACAAACAAAUAAAACAAAUAAAAAACUUUCUUGGAAUUUCACCUUGGCGACCUUGAACCUGAA